AUGCACAGUGAGAGUGCAGUCCAGGAAUAUAAUCAGGAAGCAAAGGUUCCUUUGUUGCAAGGUUUAGAGGGGAAAAACAAAGGAGAUGACGAUGAUGAUCAAGAUCUUGCACGUAGGGUUUGGGUUGAAUCAAAGAAGCUAUGGCAAAUAGUGGGUCCAGCAAUCUUUAGCCGUCUCACCUCUUACUCCAUGCUUGUCAUCACCCAAGCUUUUGCUGGUCAUUUGGGUGACCUUGAGCUUGCUGCUAUCUCCAUUGCCAAUAAUGUAAUUGUUGGCUUCGACUUUGGUCUCCUGUUGGGGAUGGCAAGUGCAUUAGAAACACUGUGCGGGCAAGCAUUUGGAGCAAAAAAGUACUAUAUGUUGGGAGUAUACAUGCAGCGUUCAUGGAUUGUAUUGUUCUUAUGUUGCGUUCUGCUUUUGCCCCUCUAUCUCUUUGCCUCUCCUUUCUUGAAGCUACUGGGCCAGCCCCAAGACGUAGCAGAGCUUUCAGGGAAGGUUUCUGUGUUGAUGAUACCGCUUCACUUUAGCUUUGCUUUUCAGUUCCCCUUGCAGAGAUUCUUGCAGAGCCAGCUUAAGAACAUGGUCAUUGCCUGGGUGUCUCUUGUAGCUCUGUUGGUUCAUGUGCUUGUCAGUUGGCUUCUUGUGUAUCAGCUUCAGCUUGGAGUCGUCGGCACAGCCUUGACUCUGAACUUUUCUUGGUGGGUUUUGGUGGUUGGUCAUCUAGGUUACACCAUUUGUGGUGGCUGUCCUCUUACGUGGACUGGUUUCUCCAUGGAAGCUUUUUCUGGCCUCUGGGAAUUCACCAGACUCUCUGCUGCUUCUGGGGUCAUGCUCUGCAUGACCUUAAACGGGUGGGAAAUGAUGAUUCCUCUUGCCUUCUUUGCAGCAACCGGAGUGAGAGUUGCAAAUGAGCUUGGAGCGGGAAAUGGGAAGGGGGCCAGGUUUGCGACAAUUGUGUCAGUGGGGACAUCAGUGAUUAUUGGCCUCGUCUUCUGGCUAUUGAUAAUGCUUUACCAUGACAAGUUAGCCUGGAUAUUUACUUCGAGUGAAGCUGUUCUUAAAGCAGUUAACAAGCUCUCAGUCCUCUUGGCAUUCACAGUUUUGCUUAACAGUGUUCAGCCAAUUCUCUCAGGCACAGAAAGCAAACAUGCAUGUAUUGAAGUGGUCAGAAGCAAGCUAAUUAAUUUCAGACGAUCAAUUGUAUUAUCAAAAUUAAGAUGUUUAUUGCAAGGGGAUCUCCAUGGAUUGGUUCCGAAGUAG